AUGUGUGGAAUUUUCGCUGCUUAUAGGCAGCCAGAUAUGGAGCACUUUAAAGAAAAAGCUUUACAGUAUUCUAAGAGAGUUAGACACAGAGGACCAGAUUGGUCAGGAAACGUUGUUCAAAACUCAACUAUCUUGUGUCAUGAGAGGUUGGCAAUCGUGGGAUUAGACUCAGGUGCUCAACCUAUCACAUCCUCCGAUGGUAACUACAGCUUAACCGUUAACGGAGAAAUCUAUAACCAUAUUCAUCUCAGGGACAGCAUGCCAAACUACAAGUAUAAGUCCAUGUCAGACUGUGAGCCUAUUAUUCCACUUUUUGAGAAAUACGAUGUUGAUGCUCCUAAAUAUUUGGAUGGUAUGUUUGCUUGGGUUUUAUAUGACAAAAAGAGAGAUCGUGUUGUUGCUGCAAGAGAUCCAAUUGGUAUCACUACAUUGUAUAUGGGUAAAUGCAAAUCGCAUCCAGAAACGAGGUAUUUUGCAUCGGAGUUGAAGUGCUUGACUGAUGAAUGUGACGAGAUCCAAGCUUUCCCUCCAGGACAUGUAUAUGACUCUGAUACUGAUAAACUCACGAGAUACUUCAACCCAAGCUGGUGGGAUGGUUCCAAGGUUCCUCAGAAGCAUGUUGAUUAUAAAGAAGUGAGAGAAUCGUUAGAAUUGGCCGUCAGAAAGAGAUUGAUGGCUGAAGUUCCAUAUGGUGUUUUAUUGUCUGGUGGAUUAGAUUCUUCAUUGAUAGCUUCUAUUGCAGCUAGGGAGACUCAAAAGGCAGCUCAACGUCUCUCAAACGAGGGUAUUAAUGCAAAUGAUGAGUUGACAGGGGUUGAUGAAAAGGGUUCCUUGCACGCAGCAGGAUGGUCAAGAUUACAUUCCUUUGCUAUUGGAUUACCAGGUGCUCCAGAUUUACUCGCAGCUGAAAAGGUUGCACAUUUCAUCGGAACCAUUCACCAUUCUCAUACUUUCACCUUAGAAGAAGGAUUAGAUGCUCUUAACGAUGUCAUUUACCAUUUGGAGACUUAUGAUGUCACUACGAUCAGAGCAUCGACUCCAAUGUAUUUAUUAUCUAGAAAAAUCAAAGCUCAGGGUGUCAAGAUGGUUUUGUCUGGUGAAGGUUCUGAUGAGAUUUUUGGAGGAUACUUAUACUUCGCUAAUGCUCCUUCAGCCAAGGAAUUCCACGAAGAAUGUGUGCAGAGAGUGAAAAACUUACACUUUGCCGAUUGUUUAAGGGCUAACAAGUCAACUAUGGCUUGGGGAUUAGAAGCAAGAGUUCCAUUCUUGGAUAAGGAAUUUUUGGAAGUGUGUAUGAACAUCAACCCUGAAGACAAACUUAUCAAACCUAAAGAAGGCAGAAUUGAGAAAUACAUAUUGAGAAAAGCAUUCGAUACUUCUGAUGAUCCAAAUGCAAAGCCUUAUUUGCCAGAAGAGAUUUUGUGGAGACAAAAGGAACAAUUCUCUGAUGGAGUUGGAUACUCUUGGAUCGACAGUUUGAAGGAUGCUGCUGAAGCUGCUGUUUCUGAUGAAGACUUUGCUAAUCCAAAGGCUGAAUGGGGUGACGAUAUUCCAACAACUAAGGAGGCGUACUGGUACAGAUGUAAGUUUGAUGAAAUUUUCAAAGAUUCUAAAGCUGCUGCUUCGACUGUUAUGAGAUGGAUUCCAAAGGCAGAAUGGGGUUGCCAUGCAGAUCCAUCGGGAAGAUACGCAACUACCCAUGAGCAUAAGGUUGAUAACCAAUAG